ACAGUAAAAGCCUUCCUACCAUCGAUGCUACGUAAAAACCAUGGACACCUGGUGUCGAUUGCAAGCUCUGCUGGGCUUGUUGGGGUCACAGGCCUUGCUGACUACUGCGCAAGUAAAUUUGCCGCUGUUGGCUUUGACGAAUCACUGAAAUAUGAGCUGAACGCCAUGGGUAAAGAUGGCGUCCACACCACUGUGGUAUGUCCCUAUUAUAUCAACACUGGGAUGUUUGAAGGUGUGAAGACAAGGUUUCCUAAGGUCCUGCCAAUUGUCAACCAGGAUUAUGCGGCCAGUAGAAUUGUAGAUGCUGUUCUUAUUAACCAGGAGAUUGUCUACAUACCUCGGGUCCUUUACUUUUUCUUGGCUUUGAAAGGUCUUAUUCCAGUUAAGGUUGGCCUUCUGUUAGCACAGGCCUUUGGAAUUAAUAACUGUAUGGAUGACUUCAAGGGAAGAGCAAAGAAAGAUUAGAUAAAUUACCUAACCAGAGCAAAGAAAAUAGAGUUAUGCCAACAUUUUAUUUUACCUUUUUUUCUUUUGUUUAAAUCUAGUUUUCGAUCUUAUAUCAUAAUCAGCGAGGAAUUGGACACUUUUCAAUAAUGUUUUGUGUUCUCUAGCCAGUGAAUUAUUUUUGUUUUGUUUUUUUAUUAGCCAUUUUUAAAUUUUUCAUAAAAUCUGUGUUACUCCAAAAUAAUUUUUUUCUAACUUAGCCAUUAACCUAAUUGUCCUUUUGUCCUUAUGUUUAAAUUGUACUUAUUAGUGAUUAACUUAAAAUUCCCCAAUUGUUAGAAUGAUAGGGUGAUAGUAAACUUAGCUAUUUACUUUGCUUUUCUUCAAAAAUUACAAUAUUACCCAGUUUACAAUAAGAAAAUUUUUUUGAAUAAUAGUAUUAGAGCAUGUGUAUAUUUUUCUUUUGCCAGUGUAUGUGAUUUCAUAUGUGAUGUAAUCCAUAGGAAACUAAUAUUCUUGAAUGCCACUUUAAUUCAAUUUUUACAGUGAGCUGUCAGUUUACAUUAUUGUAUUAAAAAUGUUAAUAUUAAGUUUAACUUAGUUACUUUUUAAUCAGAUUUAUUGCCUUUGUAAGGAAUGUGGAUUUGCUAAAUAACAAUCAUGAUUGUAAAAUCCUGUUCAUGAUUAUGGUUUGUAAGUAUAUUUCAUUAUAACAUUAAUUGGCACAUUGGUGGAUGUUUUAUUGUUUUGUUCAAUUCUUAGUCUUGUGCACAAGUUUAUGUAUAUGUACAUCAGAACUGAAGUGAGUAUUAACAAGCAGAAGUAUUGUAAUUAGUGCCAAAAUUUGUCCAGAUUUUCUCCAUAUUUUUUAUUAAACUGUUCAUGUGCUAUACAUCGUGGAGCCAUAUUUCUGUAAAUUUCAAACAGUUGAUUUUACUCUACAGUUCCAAUUUAUUUCCAGCAAAAAGGGAUAUAUAGAAUAGAAAAAGGGUUUUUGACUUGUUGCAUAUCAAAGAUUUUUAUUGAUAAAUUCAAUAAAAAAUUCUACAAGUUUUUGCUGACUGUAAAAAUGGACCUGUGUAGAAAUGACUGUGUCAGUUAUUUCAUUGAUAUUCAAAUGUCUAAUCUUGACCUACCUCAAACUUGUCAAGAAAUAUACAUGAAAUAUGUACAAAAAAUGAUACUGUUCGUGAAAUGUUUGAGAAAUCUUCACAAUUAGUAUAAUAUUUGUAUACAGCAGACUGCAUAUUUUUUCACAACUAAACUGAAUUAUUGUUUAGCUUAAAAAAAAGUAUUGUAAUAUGUUUUUUCUCUCUUAAAUUUAAUAAAUACCACCUAGCUCAAAUCUUUUUUCCACCUUAGACACCUCAUCCAUGUAUGUCUUAAAAGUAAUUGUAAUAAUUUUUUUUUCCAUUUCCAGAGUGAUUAUGUUAAAUUAUGCUAAGUCUAGUGUAUCAAAUAAAUGAUUCCGCUAAUUUUUUUUUGGCAACUGCUUAUGGAAGAUGUCAGACGAACAGUUAAAAAACUACAACAAUAACAUUCAUAAUAAUCUUACAAAGAAUUUUUGGUGUUUUUAUUUGUACGAAUACAUAAGCAUUGUUCUCACUAUAUUCAAGUUUUUCCUGCAAAAGGCAUCCUCAAACAUUUACUAACAAUUAUACAAAACAGCAGAAGUAAAAUCUGAAAAAACAUCACACAAAAAUCAACACUAACCACAACUACUUCAUGUAAGUUACUACAAGUAACAGUUCAGUUAAUUAAAAGCAAUGCUUUUCAUUAUUUGCAUCAAAGACUGAACUCUGAGAUAUAUUUAAUUUUGCUGUGAUCACACCCAUAUGCUGCCAUUCAAUUUGAACUCUAAUAUUAAAAACAUGAGAUUAAUUCAAGGAAGAGAAUCAUGGAGUUUUGUCUUUACUUUAGUGAGACCUGGGUUCUAUAACAGUUUCCCUACACUAAGACUUGCUUCAAACAAUAUAUUUCUGCCUUUGGCCAGUUGCAGCAGUCAUCAAUUCAGCAGAGCAAAGUUUGAAAAACAGCUUGAUCCUCCA